GUCUUGCUUGACGUUUGACGUGUAGACGAAAAAUAAGAAAGUGGUUUUCUCCUUUCGAUGACUCAAUUUAAAAGCAUUUAAGUGCAUUUAACUUAUCAAGAAGAACUGUAUUAUGUUCAUAGUCCUAAAUUGCAUUUAUCAAAAUGGUUGGCAAAAUAGAACUGCAGGAAUGUCUCAGAGAUUCACCUAAAUUCAGAAGUUUGUUGGAGGAGGAAGAAUCGAGCAUUGAUCAGCUUGAAAGUAGGCUGGAAAAAAUCCUAAAAGUAUGCGGGUCUAUGAUAGAUGCUGGAAAAACAUAUGUUGGCCAACAAAGCUUAUUUGCGAAUAGCUUGUGGGACCUGAGUACCCACUUCAAAGAAGACCCAGUGGUACUGUCUUCUCUGAACAAACUCAUCCAUAGUUUGCAAGAAAUGAACAAAUUCCAUACGAUCUUACUAGACCAGGCGUCUCGAACUAUAUUGAAGAAUCUCACGUCUUUUAUAAAAAAUGAUAUAAAACAAGUCCGCGACUAUAAACAACACUUUGAAAAAAUUUCUUCGGAGUACGACAAUGUAUUGCUGCGCAACUCUCAUACCCCACGCAGUAAGCAACAAGAAGUCGAGGAGGUUCAGAACAUCUUGGUAGCAGUUAGAUCGUGUUUCGGGCACCAAACUCUGGACUACGUAAACAGUAUCAGCGUGCUGCAGUCCAAAAAGAGGCAUGAAAUCCUCAGUACACUGUUGUCGUACAUGCAUGCCUGUACGACUUAUUACCACCAGGGCUCCGACCUCUGUGCCGAUUUGGAACCGUUUUUCAAAACAUUGGCAGACGAAAUAGCAGUUAUGCGGGAAGAAACAUAUAAGGUACAGAAGGAAUUAGAAAAUACACAUGCAGUGGUAUCCAACAUCGAACCGGUUUUGUUAAGAAAUGACAGGGCUUCGCCUACGAUGGAGGGGUACUUGUUCAAAAGGACUUCGAAUGCUUUCAAAACCUGGAAUCGUCGCUGGUUUUACCUCUACGACAACAAAUUAGUCUACAGAAAACGGUCCGGAGAAGAGCACGAAACAGUUAUGGAGGACGAUUUGAGGUUAUGUACAGUCAAACCAGUGUUAGACGGAGAAAGAAGAUUCUGUUUUGAAGUCUUGUCACCGUCCAAGAGCCACAUGUUGCAAGCAGACUCCAAGGAAAUGUACGAAUCUUGGAUUGUAGCCCUGCAAAAGGGCAUCGGUGCCGCCAUUCAAAGGGCACACAGCGUAGACAUGGAUAACAAAAAGGGCGAAAACCAAGUAAUUCGAUAUUCUGAGGAUAUCUCCGGGAAGAAUUCGUUUGGACAGUUGUCUACUAUUAACAACAACAAAAUCAAGAAGAUAAAGAUGUGGGAGCAAUUGUUAAAAAUUCCUGGCAAUAACUACUGCUGUGAUUGCGGUAGCCCGAAUCCGCGUUGGGCUAGCAUUAAUCUAGGGAUAACUCUUUGCAUCGAAUGUUCUGGUGUUCAUAGAAGUUUAGGUGUUCAUUAUAGUAAAGUCCGAUCUUUAACGUUGGACGACUGGGAGCCUGAAAUCAUCAAAGUGAUGGCCGAACUUGGCAAUUCACUCGUUAACAAAAUUUAUGAGGCUAACGUACCUGAAAACUUUGUUAGGGCUUCGGAACACUGCAUUGGUGCUGUUAGGGAGACAUGGAUAAAAGCCAAAUACGUAGAUAAGGCAUUCGUCGAGAAGUUACCACAAUUCAACAAAUUGUCUCCGUCAUCCAACAGGACGUCUCGAGCCAGUCUGAUGGAGGUGCGCAAGUGGAGCGUGAGGAAAAUGCGGCGGAGACCCAGGAGCUGUGACAAGCGGGAAAAGAAGAGGCUCUCUAAGUCGGUGGAGGACCUGGCUGAUAAGAUCGAUAAGAUACCGGAAAGCGUGGAGAGUGGCAGUGCCAGUAGCGGUAAAGAAGAUGACACCAACAGCGAAUCUUCCAAACGAAACAGCUUGAAGAAGCGUACCAGUAUAUUGCUUUUCGGAAAUGACCUGGACAAGCAGCCGAUAGAGGGCGCUAUAGAUUUGAGUAGCGAUCAGGAAUCUACGGGUGGGGAGGAGGACGAUGAAACUGUUGGCGAAGAGGACAUUUCCAAGCUGCAGCCUGAUCUACUUUUAUACAAGGCUGCUGCGGCACAUAAUUUACCAGUGAUGUGCGAAGCUUUGGCUCAAGGUGCUGACAAAUGUUGGGUCAAUCCCGACGACAGGGGAAGAAGCCCCAUUCAUGCUGCAGUUCUAAGUGGUUCUGUGAUGCCAUGUGCCUACUUAGUAUUAAACGGUGCGAAAAUAAAUGCUCAAGACCAAAACGGAAAGACUCCCCUACAUCUGGCGACCCAAGAGGGUCACACGGCUCAAGUAUGUCUAUUUUUGAAACACCGCGCCGACCAGCAUCUCGAGGACGACGAGGGCAAAGUGCCCUUGUCCAUGGCGGAACAGAAAGAACACGCCGACAUCGUCACACUUUUGAGACUGGGCAGGUUGAACGAGGAGAUGAAGGAUUCGGAACUGGGCGUCACAGGCGACGAUACAUUCAACGACGUAGUUAGGGACUUCUCCAGGAUGGCGUAUUCGCACCCGGAGAAGCUACAGAGGCCAAAAGUGGAGGAGGAGUAGUGGGGGAGCUGCAUUUUAACGAACUGACAAUAUUAAUCAUGCCAAUUAGUAGGUUUAGUAGUACAGUGGGCCAAAAAAUCGUCACGUCACUUUUUUAUAGAACCCGGAACACGAUUAAUUGAAUUAGUGAAAGCGUUCAUCCGAGUAAUUUGUACUUAAAACUAGACUCGUAAAUUCAAUGGAAUUUAAAUAGGUAAGUAAGUAUUGAUGGUUGUAGGAAUACUACUGCCAAUUUCGUUGAAGCUUUUCGGUAGCCGCUUGAAAUUUUACCGUUUUUUCAUGUUUGUUUGUAUUAAAGGUAUUUUUUCUUGACAAACAGUUUCAGAAUGUUUUUGAAUAUAUUUUCCUGUUCGUUUGAUGACGUCACAUACGAAACUGAUUGAUUCCGUCUUGAAACGAUCUUAAGAACCGUGUCGAUAUAGUAAACUAUCAAAUUAUGAUAUACAGGGUGUUUAUUAAAUACCUGUACAAACUUUAAAGGAUGAAACUGACUAAUUUUAAGACAA